AAAAAUUGCUUUUUUCAACCAAGGGUGCCAUUUAGAUGUUUAUGGAGAUUGCUGUCGUCACUAUGAAGGCAUCCAUUAUUGAAAUGUUCCUUGUUUUACUGGUGACUGGAAUCCAUUCAAAUAAAGAAAUGACCAAGAAGAUUAAAAGGCCCAAAAACACUGUGCCUCAGAUCAGCUGUGACACCAAAGCAGGAAAGAUCAUCAAUCCUGAGUUCAUUGUGAAAUGUCCAGCCGGAUGCCAAGACCCCAAGUACCACGUUUACGGCACAGGCAUCUACGCGUCAUACUCCAGUGUGUGUGGUGCAGGGGUGCACAGUGGUGUGCUCGAUAAUUCAGGAGGAAAAAUACUUGUUCGGAAAGUUGCUGGACAGUCCGGUUACAAAGGGACUUACUCCAAUGGUGUCCAAUCACUGUCCUUACCACGAUGGAGAGAAUCCUUCAUUGUCUCAGAAAGUAAACCCCAAAGGGGUGUAACCUACCCAUCGGCUCUUACAUAUUCAUCAUCGAAAAGUCCAGCUGCUAAAGCAGGUGAGACCACGAAAGUCUAUGAAAACCCAUUUGUUCCAGAGACAACCUCACAGCCAGGCGCCCCAAUACAGGCUCUGACCAUCUCAGCAAUCGAGGCUACCCACACCACCUUGCCAAAGCCAUCCCCAUCUGUAAUCCCUGCUACCAGCAGCCCCAGACCACAGCCCGUGGGCCACCGGAGCCAGGAGCCAGGAUUUGUUCCAAAAGAAGAAUUAAGUACACAGUCUUUGGAGCCAGUAUCCCUGGGAGACCCAAACUGUAAAGUUGAUUUGGCCUUCUUGAUGGAUGGGAGUUCCAGCAUUGGCAAACGUCGAUUUCGAAUCCAGAAGCAGUUCCUGGCUGAUGUUGCCCAGGCUCUUGACAUCGGCCCUGCUGGUCCCCUGAUGGGGGUUGUACAGUAUGGAGACAAUCCUGCCACCCAGUUCAACCUGAAAACUCACAUGAAUUCUCAAGAUCUGAAGACAGCUAUAGAGAAAAUUACCCAAAGGGGAGGGCUUUCUAAUGUAGGUCGGGCCAUCUCCAUUGCGACCAAGAACUUCUUUUCCAAAGCUAAUGGAAACAGAGGUGGUGCUCCAAACGUGGUAGUGGUGAUGGUGGAUGGUUGGCCCACAGACAAGGUGGAAGAGACCUCCAGACUCGCGAGAGAGUCAGGAAUCAACAUUUUCUUCAUCACCAUCGAGGGUGCUGUUGAAAAUGAGAAGCAGUACGUGAUGGAGCCCAACUUUGCAAACAAGGCUGUGUGCAGAACGAACGGCUUCUACUCGUUCCAUGUGCAGAGCUGGUUCGGCCUCCACAAAACUGUGCAGCCCCUGGUGAAGCGGGUGUGUGACACGGAGCGCCUGGCCUGCAGCAAGACCUGCUUAAACUCGGCCGACCUAGGCUUCGUCAUCGACGGCUCCAGCAGCGUGGGGACCGGCAACUUCCGCACCGUGCUGCAGUUCGUGGCCAACAUCACAAAGGAGUUUGAGAUUUCCGACACCGACACCCGCAUCGGGGUGGUCCAGUACACCUACGAGCAGCGGCUGGAGUUUGCAUUUGACAAGUACAACACCAAAGCCGACAUCCUCAAUGCCAUCAAGCGGGUGGGGUACUGGAGCGGGGGCACCAGCACAGGGGCCGCCAUCCACUACGCCCUGGAACAGCUCUUCAAGAAGUCCAAGCCCAACAAGAGAAAGCUCAUGAUCCUCAUCACCGAUGGCAGGUCCUACGAUGACGUGCGGAUUCCUGCCAUGGCUGCCCAUCACAAGGGAGUGAUCACCUAUGCCAUAGGCGUCGCAUGGGCUGCCCAAGAAGAGCUGGAGAUCAUUGCCACUCACCCCGCCAGGGACCAUUCCUUCUUUGUGGAUGAGUUUGACCACCUCUACACAUCAGUCCCCAGGAUCAUCAGGAACAUCUGCACAGAGUUCAACUCACAGCCUCGGAACUGAAUGAUUGAUUGGUUGAUUCUAGGGCCAUCUCCCUCUCUUCCCAGGCUUGGGGAAGGCUUGAGGAAACAAAGGCCUUGUUAUUCUUUUCUUUUUGCCAGUGUGGUGUUCAUACUUGGAGUUAGAAGGUGAUUAUCCAUUUGUAGAGUGAACUGACACAACACGUCAUUUUGAGGACACUGAGGAGUUAACAUUCUAACAGUUUCAAAACACAGAUUGAGAGUGUGGCUCUUUGGGUAGACUUAAGUGGAGCUUCUGUGAACAUUUUUCAUUUUCACUGGAAUUCUCGAACCCUCAUUUUUGUCACAGUAAUGUAGGAGUUGUUGCUUAAUUAAAAGCUCAGAAGGAUGCCAUGCAGCCUUCCUGAUUGGGUAGUGUGGACUGUUUCUGGGGCUUGUGGUGGGGGUGGGGGGAUGGGGAGAUGGGACACUAC